UGGUCCCAAGGGGAGGUGGUUCGUGCUAACCGAUUACUUUCGGGAUGCCACAAGCGUUCAAACGGGGUCACGGGGGUGCGGAAAGGGUUGCAGGGACGAUUCCCCUGUCGGUGGUCCCGCCUUCCCGCCGGGCGGGCGGUGCCUGUGCGCAGGCGCGGUGUCCGCGCGCUGCUCCGCCUCCCGCUCCCCGCGUGGCGGUAGUAGCGGCUGCAGUAUGGGGGACGCGCUGGACGAGUUGUGGUGGGAUUCGCCGGCAGUGGCAGGCAGUAGUCCAGAUCCUUCAGAAGAUGAAGCUGUUGAGAAACCAAGUGACAACAGGACAGCAAGACAUAAAGAUUCAGAUUCCAAACCUGCCAUGGCAAUGAAAAGAAAGCAGCCCGCAGAGUGUUUUCUAAGUCAGCCAGAAGAAAAACAAGAGACUCCUGUAAAGGCAAAGAAGAGAAAGAAGAAGAAAAUUUCUGAUAUUUUGGAAAAAUCCGCUCCAAAACCUGGUGUUCCUGCAGAUCUACAAAAUCUGCUUAGCCAGCAUUUUGGUGAAAACCGUUCAGUGAUUGAAAUGGAGGAAUUAAAGCUCUCAGAUUCGUGCUUUUUGCCAGCCAAUGAUCUUACCCACAGUUUUUCUUCAUACCUGAAGGAAAUCUGUCCUAAGUGGGCAAAACUCCGUAAAAGCCACACGGAGAAGAAGUCAGUGGUGAUGCUGGUUAUCUGCAGUUCUGCCCUUCGUUCCUUGGAACUCAUCAAGUCAAUGACAGCAUUUAAAGGAGACUGUAGAGUUCUCAAGUUGUUUGCAAAGCACAUAAAGAUUAAAGAACAGUUGAAUAUGUUGGAGAAAGGCGUGUUCCACAUUGGGGUUGGAACUCCUGGGAGAGUAAAAGCGCUAGUGGAGCAAGAUGGCCUGUGCUUGGACUCCACAAAAUACAUGAUUCUGGAUUGGAACUGGAGAGAUCAGAAACUAAGGAGAAUGAUGGAUAUACCUGAGAUAAAGAAAGAAACAAUUGACCUACUGGAGAUGAGUAUUAUAAAGCUGUGCAGAGAGGGGUCUCUGAAGCUGGGACUCUUCUAAUGAUUUUACCAACAAGGAAAUAAUUCACAGCUGCAUUUUACUGUUAUCUUGCCUGCAGUUGGAAAGUGAUUAGCAGGUGGUGGAAUCAGGAAUUUUGACUUUUCAGAGGUCUAGCAAUACAGAAAGAAUGCCCAUUGCAACUUUUUCUGAAUUUUCUUUUAAUAAUAAAAAAGAAGUUUUGUUUGUA